AUGGAGAACCAAACACCCAUUGACAAUUUCGAGAUAGUGGCUUUUUCUAAUUUAACAGGGAACGGUCCUCUAUUUUUUACUCUGUUUUUCUUCAUCUACUUGAUUGGACUACUGGGUAACAUCAUUAUAGUCAUAUGUGUGAUCACAGAUGUGCACCUACAUAAGCCCAUGUACAUCUUUCUAAGCAACUUAUCAGCUGUGGACAUGAUUUUCACGUCAUCAACUAUACCGAAACUAAUGGACGUUUUACUCACUGGGAACAACUCAAUAUCCUUUGUACAAUGCUUCACCCAAAUGUGUUUUUACCUCUUCGCCGCUUCCACAGAGGACAUGCUGCUGUCUUUUAUGGCCUAUGAUCGAUAUGUAGCCAUCUGCAAGCCCUUAUAUUAUCACUUGAUUAUGAAUAGGGGGAGUUAUAUAUUAUUUCUAUUGGGUAUUUGGAUGUUGGCCUAUGUUAACGCCCUGUUACUUACGCUGAACAUUUACCAGAUAGGUAUCUGCCAAUCUGAUAAAAUACACUUCUUCUGUGAAAUUAAAGCACUUGACAGAAUUGCUUGUGCUAAUACUAGACUUCAUCUCAUCCUGUAUUUUGAAAUCAUAGUUCUUGGUUUUUUCCCAUUUCUCCUUAGUUUAUCAUCAUACAUAAAAAUAAUAUCGGUUGUUCUCAGCAUUCCUUCCACAACUGGUCGAAAGAAAGCCUUCUCCACCUGCACGUCACACCUUACUGUUUUGGGUAUGUUCUACGGGGCUGGCAUGUGUAUGUACCUAAAGCCUCCUUCAGAACAUCUAGAUGAACAGGACUUUGUGUUCUCAACACUGUAUACGGCAGUGACCCCCAUGUUGAAUCCAAUAAUAUAUAGUUUAAGGAAUGAAGAGGUAAAGGUGGCCAUUAAGAAAACUAUUAUCUGUAUUGUUUAUUAA